UCACCGUCCGUCGCUCCAAACAGGAGGAGAGACACAUGCACCAGGAAUCAAUUAGCGCUCAGCGUCAGCCAUGGCCGGCCUGCCUCGCCUCGUCGUGCUCCUGCUCCUCGCCAUCGCCGUCCCUGUCGCCCAGCCCACUCCCUACAGCGACAACCUCCAGGAAACGUGCAACAAGACGCUGUUCCCUAAAGUGUGCAUCCAGUCGCUGACGACCAACCCGGAGAGCCGGACAGCGGACGCGCGCCGGCUGGCCGAGCUGUCCGUGUACGUGGCCAAGGAGGUGGGCACCACGGUGGCAGCGUUCGCUCACCACGAGCUCACCGGCGUCAAGGAGGACACCUUGUUCAAGUGCCUCGACGGCUGCUCCGACGACAUUGAGGAGACGGUGGCGCACCUGAGCGCCCUCACCCGCGAGCCCACCUGCGCCAAGUUCCUCGAGAUCAAGUCGUGGCUGUCCGCGACGCUGGGCGGCUCCAACACCUGUGAGGAGACCUGCAAGGACGCGCCCAUCAGCGACGUCAAGAACGCCGUCGUAACCAAGAGCCUCGAGUUCGAGAAGCUGCUCCGCGUCACGCUCGACCUCAUCACCGAGGCGUCUGGCUCCAUGCCCGCCGCCGGCGGCGCGGUGGCACCCACGGCGUGGGAAGGCAGCACUUCAGGAUCCUACGGCGCCAGCGCGCCGGACUCCUACGGUGCCAGCGCGUCGGGCUCCUACGGCUCCAGCGCGUCGGGCUCGUACAGCUCCAGCGCACCUGAGUCGUCCGACAGUGCCAGCGCGUUGGGCUCCUCUGGCUCCAGCGCGUCGGGCUCCUACGGCUCCAGCGCAUCGGCCUCCGAAGCAGCAUCCAGUGAUGCGUCGGCGCCCUCGAGCGCACCUACCUCCGAGGCAUCGUCAGCUGACGCGCCGAGCUCCUACGGCUCCAGCGCAUCGGGCUCCGAAGCACCAUCCGGCGAUGCAUCGGCACCCUCGAACGCACAAACCUCCGACUCACCGUCAGCUGACGCGCCGGCCUCCUCCUACGCUGCCGAGAUGGCCGAAAUUCGGCCGAAAUCCAUAUUUUGCGGCCGAAAAUCAAAACACAGCUCCUACGGCGCCGCCAGCGCGCCAGCUGCCGAUGCACCGUCGUCAUCCCCAUCGGACGCGGACGCUCCAUCUUCCGGGGCUGCCGACUCGCCAUCAUCAGGGGCAUCAUACGGGUCUGCCGGCGCACCGUCCCCGUCCGGGUCAGGUGCCAGCGCUCCUGAGGCCGAUUCGACAGCAUGAGAAACGCGCGCCCUGCUGAUGCUUUGGUACCUAGGGUGAACUUUUUGGCUCUAGAUUCUACCCGUCGUCUUGUGCUGCUGUGUGCAAGAAGAUGCUCAUACUGAUGCACUUAUGGUCUUUUAGU